AUGACAUGUGAUGGAGGUUCUGGGAUGGAGACAUGGGAGGUGCAUGGGAUGGAGACAUGGGAGGUGCAUGGGAUGGAGACAUGGGAGGUGCAUGGGAUGGAGACAUGGGAGGUGCAUGGGAUGGAGACAUGGGAGGUGCAUGGGAUGGAGACAUGGGAGGUGCAUGGGAUGGAGACAUGGGAGGUGCAUGGGAUGGGAGUGGCACGCGAUGGGAUGGGAGUGAACACUGUGUCCCAAGGUCAGAGGAUGGACGGGUUGAUUGCACAGGUGGAAGAAGGGUUGAUUGCACAGGUAGAAGAAGGGUUGAUUGCACAGGUGGAAGAAGGGUUGAUUGCACAGGUGGAAGAAGGGUUGAUUGCACAGGUAGAAGAAGGGUUGAUUGCACAGGUAGAAGAAGGGUUGAUUGCACAGGUAGAAGAAGGGUUGAUUGCACAGGUAGAAGAAGGGUUGAUUGCACAGGUGGAAGAAGGGUUGAUUGCACAGGUGGAAGAAGGGUUGAUUGCACAGGUAGAAGAAGGGUUGAUUGCACAGGUAGAAGAAGGGUUGAUUGCACAGGUAGAAGAAGGGUUGAUUGCACAGGUAGAAGAAGGGUUGAUUGCACAGGUAGAAGAAGGGUUGAUUGCACAGGUGGAAGAAGGGUUGAUUGCACAGGUAGAAGAAGGGUUGAUUGCACAGGUAGAAGAAGGGUUGAUUGCACAGGUAGAAGAAGGGUUGAUUGCACAGGUGGAAGAAGGGUUGAUUGCACAGGUGGAAGAAGGGUUGAUUGCACAGGUAGAAGAAGGGUUGAUUGCACAGGUAGAAGAAGGGUUGAUUGCACAGGUAGAAGAAGGGUUGAUUGCACAGGUAGAAGAAGGGUUGAUUGCACAGGUAGAAGAAGGGUUGAUUGCACAGGUAGAAGAAGGGUUGAUUGCACAGGUGGAAGAAGGGUUGAUUGCACAGGUAGAAGAAGGGUUGAUUGCACAGGUAGAAGAAGGGUUGAUUGCACAGGUAGAAGAAGGGUUGAUUGCACAGGUAGAAGAAGGGUUGAUUGCACAGGUGGAAGAAGGGUUGAUUGCACAGGUAGAAGAAGGGUUGAUUGCACAGGUAGAAGAAGGGUUGAUUGCACAGGUAGAAGAAGGGUUGAUUGCACAGGUGGAAGAAGGGUUGAUUGCACAGGUGGAAGAAGGGUUGAUUGCACAGGUAGAAGAAGGGUUGAUUGCACAGGUAGAAGAAGGGUUGAUUGCACAGGUAGAAGAAGGGUUGAUUGCACAGGUAGAAGAAGGGUUGAUUGCACAGGUAGAAGAAGGGUUGAUUGCACAGGUAGAAGAAGGGUUGAUUGCACAGGUGGAAGAAGGGUUGAUUGCACAGGUAGAAGAAGGGUUGAUUGCACAGGUAGAAGAAGGGUUGAUUGCACAGAAGAAGAAGGGUUGGCGGCAGGUAGAAGAAGGGGUGUUGGCGGCAGGUGGAAGAAGGGGUGUUGGCGGCAGGUAG